UGCGGCAGCACUCUGCCGCUGAGAGACGAGGACCAGAAAUCUGCAGCUCGCAGAGUGAAGAGAUCAAAAUGAUGCUGCCUGUAAAAAGGGAUUAAACGCAAGCAAUCUGUCGUCAGCGACGUCUGGGCACCACCUCGCUUGGAUCGGCUUGCUGGUGGAUAAUACCGAUUUGGCACCGGGGGGGAGGGAGGGAGGCGUUUGAGAAAGGAGGCAUGCCGUCGCUGAGCAUCCGUCGCGACGCUUGACUCACCAUGAUGAAGACCGACUCCACAUCCAAGAGCGCCGGCUCUGGCUCUGGCUCUGGCUCCACGCUCAGGAGCCCAUCCCCGCACAGGAACGCGUACGAAGCGGGGAUGCAGGCCCUGAAGCCCGUCAAAGACAAUGCCGCCAACGGGGACCUGCAGGACGGCCCCCGAGGCCGCAGGUACGGCUCCAACGUGCACCGUAUCAAAAACAUGUUCCAGCAGAUGCAGACCACGUUCCCGGCUGACGCGGAGGGAGAGGAAUGCGCCAGGGACGCCGACAAAUCGGUGCGCCUCUCCCUCCCCAGAGCCGGCAGCCUGAACGAGAACGUGGACCACAGCGCGUUGCUGAAGCUGGGAUCCACCGUGUCCGAGCGCGUGAGCAAAUUCGACGUCACCAAACCGGAGAACGGGCACCCGCGGGCCUCGUCGCCCAGCUACUCCAAGCUGCAGGAGACCCGCCGCAUCUUCGAGCAGCAGCAGGAGAGACAGCAGCAGCAGCAGGAGAAGCAGCAGCAGCAGGAGAGGCAGCAGCUGCAGGAGAGGCAGCAGCUGCAGGAGAAGCUGGCCACCACCAGGGUCCUGCUGAAGACCGACAAGGCCUCGGGCUUCCAGGACGGCAGGUUGGACGUCAUGGCCCGCUUCAACGGCAGCACGGAGUCCCUGGACAGCCUGGACACCAGCGAGGCCGUGUCCCCCACGGUCAGCCAGCUCAGUGCCGUGUUUGAGCGGGCGGCCGAGCUCCGGAACAACCUCCACCGCCUCUCCUCUACGCCGCCGCUGCCCUCCAGGGGGGUCAGCGCCAAGGUGGGCGUGUUGAACUCCAAAAUAAUCACAAAGAGGGUUUGUGCCUUUGCAGCGGGCCACCAGGAGGAAGAUAUGAGCAAUCAGAUGGGCCACGAGGGGCCUCCGAGGGGCCCCAGGGGGAGGAUGGCUACUCCUUCAGAAAGCUUCAAUGGGGGCCAAAGCCCCCCAGAUGCCGAAGUGUACGGCGCUUCAGGAGAGCCGAAUGAGCACCGAGAAAAGACAGUUUCAGAUGCAGGUGUUGAGGUGAAACCCGAGGACUACUAUGGGGCCAAGGGGCCCAACAGCACAAUGCUCCAAGGUGACAUCCGCAUCUCUGCGGAGAACGGCGACAACGCUGCCCAGAAGCAGAGCUCUCCGAAGGGGGGCGAGAAGGCCAGCCGCCAGGCCGGGGGCGAAGAGGACGGCCCUCCCGCAGAAGACCGGUCGGGGCGCGACUCGGUGGAUAUCAGCGCCUACAGCGCGGUGGGGGAGGACUUUGGAGGAAGCCAGGUGGACGAGGAAGAAGAGGAGGUCGACGACCGCUACGAUCCCGAGUCCAGCUGUGCGGAGAUCACGGGGCUGCCGGCGGAGGAGGACCCGCCCCCCUCCAGGAAGAUCCGCUUCAGCACAGAGCCCAUCAAGGUGUUUGCCACCUACCCCAACGAGGACUACGAUCGGCGCAACGAAGACGUGGAUCCCAUGGCGGCGUCUGCAGAGUACGAGCUAGAAAAGAGGGUGGAGAGGCUCGACCUGUUCCCCGUGGAGCUGGAGAAAGAUGGCGAGGGCCUGGGCAUCAGCAUCAUCGGGAUGGGCGCCGGGGCCGACAUGGGCCUGGAGAAGCUGGGCAUCUUCGUCAAGACGGUCACGGACGGAGGAGCGGCACAGAGGGACGGCAGGAUCCUGGUGAACGAUCUGAUCGUGGAGGUGGACGGGACCAGUCUGGUGGGAGUCACCCAGAACUUUGCCGCCUCCGUACUCAGGAACACCGCGGGAUCCGUCAAGUUCGUGAUCGGACGAGAGAAGCCGGGUGAGCAGAGCGAGGUGGCCCAGCUCAUCCAGCAGACCCUGGAGCAGGAGCGCUGGCAGAGGGAGAUGAUGGAGCAGCGCUACAACCAGUACAUGGACGAGCAGGAGGGCGGCGAGUACGGAACGGACGAGGAAGAGGACGAGGACGAGGAGGUCAGCCCGCCGUAUCCCAGCGCCAUCGAGGUGUUCGACUUGGCGGAGAACGAGGACAUGUCGCCCCUGGAGACGGACCCCGAGAAACUGGCACAUAAAUACAAAGAGCUCCAAAUAAAGCAUGCUGUGACCCAGGCUGAGAUACAACAGCUGAAAAGAAAGCUGCACCACGCGGAGCAGGACAAGCAGCGCUGGCGUAUGGACAAGGCCCAGCUGGAGCAGACGCUGCAGGAGAACAAGGAGCGCAUGGAGAAGCUGGAGGGCUACUGGAUGGAGGCCCAGAGCCUGUGCCAGGCGGUGGACGAGCACCUGAAGGAGACGCAGUCCCAGUACCAGGCCCUGGAGCGCAAGUACAGCAAAGCCAAGCGCCUGAUCAAGGAGUACCAGCAGAAGGAGAUCGAGUACCUGAAGAAGGAGACGCAGCGCUGUGCACAAGUUGGCGCCGAGGCCUCGCUCCUCAAAGAGGAGUCCGGGCAGCUUCAGGAGCAGGUGGCCGACCUGGAGUGCAGGGUGGAGGAGCUGAAAUCUGAACCUUUAUAAAAAAGAAAAGCCUUCUGUCGGCCGCGCGUCCCAGAGAGCGUUUGGGGCUCGUCGGCUACGGGAGAAGACGGUGUUAUUGUACUCGACCUGCAGGGUAUUUCCUCGGUUUCCAGUCGCAUAUUGUAAACGUGUCCUCGGCCACGCCCCUUUUAACCGCGUCCUCGGCCACGCCCCUUUUAACCAUGUUUUUGUUACCAUUUACGGGAUUGUGAAGAACAGUUUUAGCAUCACAAAUACAGACUCUGUUGAGCUCUAGAUGUACUGUUCCUUUUCAGUAUUUAAUCCCUUCAUUUGUGGUUAAGACGGACCAGGCUUUUGCUUUGCCAAAAAAAAAAAAUCUUUCUUUUUUUUGCCUUGUUUUGUGACCUCUUUCUUUGUACAGAUGUGAUACCGUGUGGUUUAAGAAUCAUUUUUGGUUUGUAAAAUUUUUUAAACUGUGUGUAACAUAUAACAUAAUAUAAACUAAUGAGAUUGAGGGUCGGUGUAUAUUUUGAGUGAUGUAAAUUGGAUGGAGAUUGCACUGAAGAAGACAUCGACAAGGUGCUUCACUGGAACGGGAGCCGUGUUUCGGGAUGGUAGAAGCUGUAACCCAACCUCUGUAGGGGUCCUGUCACUUAACCUUGAGAACCACCUGCUGCCUACCUUUCAGAAGUGUUUGUGUGAUUUUUACACACCGUAAGACUCAUCCGCGAGCCUCCAACCCCUCUCGAUUCAACCCCCCCCCUCCCGCAUCUUUAAACAACAACAAAAAAAAUAAAAGUAGGACCACAGAAGCAAGCCACAAAUGAACAAUGGAUCUCUUCUCCCCCCUCUCCAAAUGGAUGUUGUCAAGGACUUGUGUACCUGGUAUUAGUUAGGACUACUGAUAUAAACAUGACAGCGAUUGUCAAAAAGAAGCCGUUACCAGCGAGCAAAGAUGUUGAUUUAAAAAAUGCGCGUGUCUGGAACCAGCAGCUGCACUGGACACGUCUGCGUUCAGCACACGGGAAACACUGCCAGGUUCGUACCGGUUUCAAUUCACGCACAGUUUGGAAUUGAGUCUACUUGUGUCAACUGUCAUGCCAGUAUGUUUGUAGAGUUCAGGUAAGGCUGAAAUAUUUUAACUUUACUUAGUAUUUAUAAACAUAGUCACGGUGGAAAUAUGAGCUAACGAGAACAAAAACUGACAAAAGCAAUGUUGAGAAGACCGUUGAUGAAUCAAGAAUAAUGAAUUGAGGGGGAAAAAAAGCAGGCAUGGUUAUGAGUAUUUUCAUAAUAUUAAGGCUUGUACAGUGCACAUGCUUUGCAUUGUAUGUUUUGUGGAAUAAAUGGUCAACAGUGA